CUUCACACUGAGAAGAAGAACACACACACAAGACAGACAGAUUCUCACAACCUGAGAAGAGAGGGAACUGCUGCAAAAACAAGCCUUCCACUGAUAACUUACAGGACUAAUUUCCACCAUUCAAGACACAAGCAUGAAUACUAAAGUCCAGUGCAUCAUCCUCCUGAUCUGCAUUACUAUUUGCACAUCAGCAGUUAUUAGGACCAAUUGCAGAUGUGUAAGAACAAUCAGAGGUGUGGAUCCCCUUCGCAUCAAUGGACUCAAGAUUUAUGAUCCACGUCCAUAUUGUAACAAGCAAGAAAUCAUUGUGAUGCUGAAAGAUGGGCCCCCACAGUGUCUCGACCCUACUGGCAAAUUUGCCCAAGCACUAGUGGAAACAACACAAAGGAAGAUGAAGCAACGAGCUGUUAAGAUGAACACCAGCACCACAAAAGCAGCGGUGAUAUAAUGCGGAUUGCGGGCGUGUAUAUUUUUCUCACAACUCUGCUGAAGUGCCAAUUCCUAAGAGGAGAGAGCAGCACGCCUGUCUAGUGUGUAGUAGGUGUGGUUUGUGCGUGUUUCUAGAAAGUGAAAAAGAGGAGAAACAGGACUGAAACACGUCACACAGUUCCAUUUCAUGUAUUUUGUAAAAAAGUGUGGCUCAGUUUUGCAAAUUAGCAGCUGAAACUGACUAAUACCUGAGCUUCGGCACAUUUAAAACAAAGUACUGGAAGUCAGGGAUGUACAUGUUCUUACCCUGGAGAGAUGGAAAGCUCUGCCUUCAGUUAGUGAUGUAAAUACACUGAUGAUGUGUUUGAUUCAACGCUGCAUUACAUACUGGUUUCCCUUGUGUUCCUAUUUAGUGCAUCUUGUAGCAAAUAGUCUGUCAUCUUUCAAAUAUGCUGUUUAUGUCUUUGUUCAAGUUGACGGAUAAUUAUGUGAAAGUGUGUAAUGUCUACUAAUUGUGCAGUAUAUUAAGAUGAUAACCAGUGUUUUAUGUUUCACAUUUUGAAAGUUUUGUAUAAAUUCUUCUUUUUUUAAUACAUGUAUUUACUGUUUAAUGUGUUAAUACAUGUCAUUUAGUUAUUUCCUGCUUCUUUUUUCGGUUUUGACUCAUGACAGAUGUUUAGUGUUCAAACAUUUUAAUUAUCUUACCAACCUAAUAUGGACAACAGAUUAUAUUGAAAGACCACUUAAGAAACUGUUGCUUUCAGCAUAGAUUCUUGUUGUAACAAAGUGCUUAAGUGAAUUUAAACACUAGUUAUGUCAUUCAGACUUUGAGUUCGAUUUAUAUUGUUUCAUGUCGCCUUAAUGUGCAAUCUUCUCUACUUGACAGACCGAUUAUUCAUGCUGUUGUCAAGCUUAUUUUACUGUGUGCUCACUACACACUUAUUUAAUCAUGUUAGUUCUGGGACAGUUUGUGCAUGUAUAUAUAGACUGACACUGCAUUAAUCAAUAUUCUUUAUAUUAAAUGGAGCACUGAAUCUAAUAACUACA